AUGGAAGCCCUGGCGGCGGUCCGUCCGAUUCUUCUUGCCGUUUCAGCUCCAGCUCCCACCCACGCUCCCACGGUGGGACAGAAAACGCUCCAGCCUAAUUUGGGGGGUCGCGCUUCCAGCCUUGGCCGGCGGUUCGGCGUUCCCUGUAAUGCCAAGUUUCGGGUAGGGCAGGAAACUGGCCCGCAGCGCCUCCCGCCGCCUUCGGUCUGGAGCGAUACGCUUGUUGGUUAUCAAAUCCGUAUGCGCGCGAGGAAGAAGCCACCGGCAACCGACAAGUUUCGGCACUCGGCACGCGUCUGCUUGGUGGGUUGCAGCUGGCGGGGUGGGUUCGGACAGGGCGCUGCUCGCACGCUCGCUCGCACAGCCUCGACGCACACGCUGUUGUACACCCGCAGGUCCACCUCAGGCAUCGCCACGACGCAGGAUCUUGUCGAUGUUGCUUUGGCUGUUCUUCGCCGUCGUCUCCAGGUAGUGAAGCCGCUUGCCCAGGCCCUCAAUGUCCGUCUCGAGGUCCUUGACCUGCUUGCCAAGCUUGUCAUUCAUAGCCGAGACAGGGAUUGACACAAACCUGCGCGGUGGCCAGGCCGUUCGACAGUCAGCAUUCAGGCCCAAAGUUGGUCUGUGUUCCGGAAGAAGAAGAGAAGAAAAAAAACGAGCAUGGAGAGAGAGAGAGGGAGGGGG